CAGUCUGGCGGCUGCGCCGAUCAAUACGACGCUCUCCACUGUGCCGGCUGCACCCGCCUAGCCCACUGGAGACGGACUCUGAGCAGCGAAGCAGCGAGACAGCAGCAGCAGCGGUCGAGCCACACGACACACACAGCAGCUCAUAGCUACCUACACAUCUCGCCUUACUCAGCACAAUUUUAAGAUGAAGUGGGUGUCCAUCUUUGUUGCUGCCCUCCUCCUGGUAAGUGUAGCUGUGGCUGAGGGAGAAAUAUGGGAGGAAGAUGACCACGAGGUACUCAUCCGCAGCGAGAGGGGUGCAAAGAAUAGGGAUCCCUGUCGCUACCUGAAGGGAGCAUGGUCAGAAUGUGACCCAAAAACUAACAUGAGAACUCGUACUCUAACACUGAAGAAAGGUGACCAAGCAGCAUGUGAGCAGACAAAGACAAUUCAGAAAAAGUGCAAAAAAGCCUGCCGUUAUGAGAAAGGCACAUGGAGCGAGUGUUCCCCCCAAAACCAAAUGUCACGGAGUGACACUCUUAAGGCCAACAGUGACCCCUCAUGUGAACAGAGCCGACAAAUAACUAAGAAGUGUAAAAGCAAAGGUGCUAAGGCUGGAAAAGGAGGCCGACGCAACCGCCAGUAAGAUAUGAGAAGUAAUGGGCAAGCAAGUCUUCACACCUGCACAUGCAGCUGUGUGUGCAGUAUUGCUGGAAUGUGUGUUUGUAACAAAACUGAGGAAAACUUAUGAAAAAAGAAAAUACCAUGAAACAUAGAUUCCACAAUUCAUCCUACAUAUAAUUCAUGAACUUACUUGUUUUAUGUAUGUUUGGAAUAUUAUUGUAGUAAUUAAAAAUACUGCAAUCUGUGCAUUGUUCCCAAGCUGUAGGUAAUUGAUUUAAAUUUAAAAAUGUGCUGCCUUUGGAUUACUGAUAGAUAGUUCAUAAUGCAGAAAUUUCCCUUGAAAUAGCACACAUUAAAGUGCCAUUUUGUACUACCAUUUAUUUCAUAUUUUUAUGCCAGUGUUUAUUUGUAGUAAUUAGCAAAAGUGAUGUUAGAGAAUUCCUAUAUGUGGCAUGUGUUUAGACUGUCCUAUGAAUCUGCUAUUUGUUUUUGCUAGCUGAAAUACAUCAGCCAUUAAAAGAGUCUUAGAACCAGUUAAUUGAUGCAUAAAUUGUAAUUGAUUCAUUUAUUUACAUGCUUCCCAACUGAAGCAUUUUAGCAAAACAGUUUUAUAUGAUGUUACAAUAAAACUACAUAUUGAUUGCUUGAAUAUUGCAUUGGUAGUCAUAAUUGCUGUUUUUUAUGAAAUAAAAGCUGUUUCUUACAAUGAUAUGUUAACUUAUAAUCAUUAAUAAAUGAAUUUCCUCUUUAUGAAUGGUCCAUUAAAUAUGAAGAACAGGUACAAAACAUGUUAUGUCUAGUGACAUGUUUUCAGCUCGUGCACUGUAUGAUCCACUGUGGAUACAUUAACCUCGGUUUUGUUAUAUCCAUAAUGGACUGCACUGUUCAAAGCCAUUAAUGUUUGAAAGUAAAUAAAAUAAAGAACAUUUUUCUACUUUA